UGGAUUAGAUACGUAAUAAUAAUAAUUACUAUAAUAUAGGUUACGUAGUCUAAAAUGGUAAAACGUGAUUCGCAACCAUACUACAACAAUGGCGAAACAAACAAAGGGCUUGAAUUUCAAGGCAGAAAAGGCUACUGAGGAUUAUGAAGAUUACAAUAAAGCUUCCAAAGUCUAUGACUCAUGUAGACAGGCAGUUGGAAUAGAUGUGAUUCUUGGAGUAGUAACUCGUGUAAUGAAAGGCAGAUCAAUAAAGGAAGCUUCAAUUGUUGAUAUUGGUUGUGGUACUGGUAAUUAUGCAGUGGCAUUAAGUCCUUUUGUUGGUAAUGUUACUGGUAUUGAAUAUAACAAAGGAAUGAGAGAGCAAGCAAUUAAAAAAACUGAACAUUUACCAAAUGUUAAGAUAAUGGAGGGAAGUGCUCUUAGUGUUCCACUGGAAGACAAAUACUGUGAUGUUGUCAUCUGUACACAGGUAUUGCAUCAUGUUUCAGGUAGUUCUCCUCCAGAGUAUGCUGGUCCUACCAAAGCAAUAAGUGAGGUUUAUAGGAUAUUAAAAGAUGAAGGUGCUUUUGUCAUCAAUACUAAUACAUCUGAGCAGCUACUUGAGUCAUAUUUUAUGUAUAAAAUAAUACCAAAUGCAACCAAACGUCUUAGUGAAAAGUACCCUCCUGUUAGUGUAUUGCAUGAUAGAUUGUCUAAGAUUGGUUUCAGAGUACAGUCUGUGUUGGCUCAUUGUCAUGAGUCUGUCAUGAUAAUGGACACAUACUUGAAUGUUAACGGACCACUUGACCCUGAAUGGAGAGACACCACAAGUAUUUGGGCGGCAGCUACACCAGAGGAGCUUGAGGAAUCAUUGAAAGAUUGGAGGAAGAAGAUAGAAGAUGGUACUGCUCAACAGUUUAUUGAUGAUGCUGAGUCUGUUAGGAAAAGAGUUGGAGAGACUACAACAAUAGUUGCAUAUAAAGGACUUUAGGAAAUUGAAAUUGUAAUUAUUUUUAAUUAUUUUUGUAUACAAGCCUUAAAUUUGCUUACACUAUGGAGUAUUAAUUGUAA